GCGGUCGCCCCAGUUCCGCCGCACACACCCAGCCUCUCGGCCCCCGGGAGCCCCAGCGCCCGGAGCCCCUCUCGGCGUCCUCCCGCUUUGGUCGCCAUGCUGACCCGGGUACCCCGGAUGAGCCCACACAGACAGAGGGACAACUCCCGGGACUAGGCGCCCGAGCCCCAGGACCGCGCCCUCUCUGGACGCCAGGACGUUGUGGUUUAGGAGUGUGGAGGGGCGGAGGGGCAGCACUUGAAGUUUAAAGGUUCAAACCCACCUCUGACCUGCCCCUCAAAGACCCCGGGAAGAAGGGGAAGGCUGCAUGGAAACCCAGGAGCCAUGGAUGCUGUGGAACUGGCCAGAAAGCUGCAGGAGGAGGCCACGUGCUCCAUCUGCCUUGACUACUUCACGGAUCCUGUGAUGACUGCCUGUGGCCACAACUUUUGCCGCACCUGCAUCCAGACAAGCUGGGAGAAGGCGAAAGGCAAGAAGGGGAGGAGGAGGCAGAAGGGGGUCUUCCCCUGCCCCGAGUGCAGAGAGAUGUCGCCCCAGCGGAACCUGCGGCCCAACCGCCUGCUAACCAAGGUGGCUGAGAUGGCACGGCAGCACCGUGGGCUGCAGGAGCGGGACCUGUGUCCAGCGCACCAGGAACCCAUCAAGCUGUUCUGCCUGGAGGACCAGAGCCCCAUCUGCGUUGUGUGCAGGGAGGCACAGGAGCACCGGGAGCACAGGGUGCUGCCUGUGGAGGAGGCCCUGCGGGAGUACAAGUUGAAGCUGGAGGAGGACAUGGGGUACCUGCAGGAGGAGGUGAGGAAAACAGAGAAGCUGCAAGCCAAGGAGGAGCAGACCUUAGCCCAGUGGCAGGACAGAGUGAAGGACCGGAGGGAGAGGAUUAUGGUGGAGUUUGAGAAGGUGGCACUGUUUCUGGCAGAGGAGGAGCAGAGACUCCUCCGGGCCCUGAAGAGGGAGGAGGAGGAGACAGCAAUGCAGCUUCGAAACAGCAAGGCCACCCUGGACCAGCAGCGCCGCUCCCUGGACUUGCUGCUGCUGCAGCUGGAGGAUCAGAGCCUGCGAGAGCCUCUGCAAAUGCUGCAGGAUAUGAAGGGCACCCUGGCCAGGAAGCGCAACCUGAGUGUGCAGUGUCCAGAGGUGGCUGUCCCCGCGGUGGUCAGGACUGUAUGCAGGGUUCCCGGGCAGAGAGACGUGCUCAGGGGCUUCCAAGAGGAAGUGAUGCCGGAUCCCACCUCAGCAUACCCCUACCUCCUCCUGUAUGAGAGCCGCCAGCGGCGCUACCUCAGCCCCCUGCCUGAGGCCAGCACUGCCUGCGGCAGGGACCGGUUCCUGGCCUACCCCUGCGCCGUGGGCCAGCAGAGUUUCUCCUCAGGAAGGCACUACUGGGAAGUGGGCAUGAACCUCCUCGGGGACGCACUCUGGGCCCUGGGCGUGUGCAGAGACAACGUGAGCCGAAAGGACAGAGUGCCCAAGUCCCCUGAAAAUGGGUUCUGGGUGAUACAGCUGUCGAAGGGGAAGCAGCCACUGUCCCCGGGGCCCACCACGCCUGUCACACUGACUGAGCCUCCUAGCCACAUAGGCAUCUUCCUGGACUUCGAGGCUGGGGAGGUGUCCUUCUACAGUGUGAAUGACGGGUCCCACUUGCACACCUACUCCCAGGCCGCCUUCCCUGGGCCUCUGCAGCCCUUCUUCUGCCUGGGAGCACCCAAGUCCGGCCAGAUGGUCAUCUCCACAGUGACCAUGUGGGUGAAGGGGUAGAGGCUGGCUGGGAUGCCCUGAUCUCUGCCAGCGGCAAAGCUUGGGCGCAGCACAGAAUCACAAUUAAAGUGGUGAAAUGUUGAGACUA